AUGCGGAGUUUAAUUCGUCAUACGAGAGCUACUCAUCUGGGUAAGACAUUCAAGUGUCAGGAGUGUGAUAAGUCAUUUACAAGAAUGGACGCCCUCAUUCGUCAUGGUCAGCAACAUCGGCAGUUGAUCAUCCACAAAUGCGAUAAGUGCCUGAAAGAGUUCUAUCGUCGUCAUAAGUUAGUUGACCAUAGAGUGGUAUGUGACGGAAACACCUUGAAGAGGAAAUCUGAUGACGUAGUCGACACUACUUCUGAAGCUAAAUGGAGUAAAGUUGAUGAAACAACAGUUCACUCUCCCAAUCACAUUGGUCAUGGGUAUGGAGAUGACGAUCCGUGUAAUCUUACAUCUGCUUUCGAAGAAAACCUGAAGAAAAUUGAACUGGAACCGCGAAAUGAUCAAAAACAUGAUAUGUCCCAAUUUCUCCGCGGUAAAACCAAACCGAUUCUAACUCAUCUAUUGAAAGAGCUGGAAAUGAAGAAAGGAUUGAAAUGGUUCAUCAGUGUGAAAGCGAGAUUUGUCAAACCCAAAGUGGAUGGUGAAGAUCUUUUUAGUGAACCACAUUUCCGCAGUCUGUGUACCACAACGGUUAAUGCUCAUGAUAUGGAGAAACAACUACAAGAAGCUUGUAGUAAAAUUCUGGAUUCCUUGGCGAUAUAUCAGAAAGAAGGAAGUGGUUGGAUCCUAGAUGAAAUACUUCAUUUAGACCUCAACCUGGCUAAAUACACCCCACUCAAAGGUUCCAGUUACAUUCCUCUACCGAAAAAGUUGAAGACUAAAAAGGCAAUCAUCAAUAUCAAGAAUUCCGACAACAAGUGUUUUAUGUGGUCUAUUCUCGCCGGUAUCCAUGAAGCACCUCUCCAUUCUCAUCCUGAACGGACACAUCAUUAUCAAGAGUUUCAGGAUGAACUAAACUUUGAGGAUAUUGAAUUUCCUAUCACAAUUGAUAAGAUUGGAAAAUUUGAACGUCAAAAUAGCAUUUCGGUGAACGUGUUUGGUUACGAAGAUGUACUCUUCCCAAUUUACAUUACAAAGGAACACUUUGAUACCCACGUGAAUCUAUUAUUAUUCUCCCAGGAAACAACCAGGCAUUACUGUCUCAUCACAGAUCUAAAUAAAUUAUUGUAUGAUCAAAAUGGUUAUAAAUGUCGAAUGUUUUACUGUCGUUACUGUCUAUACAUGGAUUUAUCCGAGAAGACCUUCUACAAGAGCAUGAACCGCACUGUUGUCAACAUGGAGCCCAGCGUAUUGAAUUGCCAAAUGAAGACAAUGCUUCACUCUAUUUCAAAGAUUAUCAUAAACAACUCAAGGUACCAUUCGUUAUCUAUGCUGAUUUUGAAAGCAUCACAGCCAAGAUGGAUUCAGUUUCCCCAAAUCCAACUAAAUCAUCUACCGAGAAAUACCAUCACCAUCAACCUUGUGGAUUUUCGUAUGUUGUCGUGUCACAGGCAGAAAAAUAUAACAAACCUCCUGUCGUUUACCGUGGUGAGGACGUAGUGGGUAAGUUUCUCGAGUGUUUAGAGACAGAACAGCAAUACAUUGACGAGAAAGUCAGUUUCAUCGAGCCGAUGCGAAUUGAAAGAGAAGAAGAACAGAUGUUUCAAAACGCCAUUAACUGUCAUAUCUGUGGUUUUGAAUUGGGCGCAGACCGGGUUCGCGAUCAUUGCCACCUCACAGGAAAGUAUCGUGGAGCCGCACACAAUGAAUGCAACCUAAACUAUAGUUUUACUGGACGCAUUCCUAUCAUCCUUCACAAUGUUCGUGGUUACGACUCUCACCUGAUCAUGCAAGGUCUCGGAAAGCUAAAGAAUAAGGAAAUAAACUGCAUCCCCAACAACACUGAAAAAUACAUCUCUUUUUCCAUCGACAAGCUAGAUUUCAUCGACUCACUGUAA